AGGCCAAAACCAAAGGCAAACCUCCAUAUUUAAUUGCCUCCACACCUCCAUUCCCUCCUUCCCUUCCUUCUCAUUUUUUUAAAAAAAAAUUAAUAACAAUUCAGGUUAAACGCUCUCCAGACCUAAGCUAGCUUUUGAAUCAUGGGAACAGUUGAUAUUGCGGACAUGGAUAUCACUGCUAGAUUGGCCGAAAAGAAGCCUAAAGUUGUUUUUGUUUUGGGUGGCCCUGGCAGUGGAAAAGGUACCCAAUGUGCAAAUAUAGUGGAACACUUCCAUUACACUCAUCUCAGUGCUGGAGAUCUCCUCCGAGCAGAAAUUAAGUCUGGUUCUGAAAAUGGAACCAUGAUUCAGAACAUGAUCAAAGAGGGAAAGAUUGUUCCUUCUGAGGUCACAAUUAAGCUUCUCCAAAAAGCAAUGCUGGAAAGUGUUAAUGACAAGUUCCUUAUUGAUGGUUUUCCUCGUAAUGAGGAAAACCGUGCAGCAUUUGAAGCUGUUACAAAAAUCAAGCCUGAAUUUGUACUGGUUUUCAAUUGCCCUGAAGAAGAGAUGGAGAGGCGUCUUCUGAGUAGGAACCAGGGAAGAGAAGAUGAUAACAUUGAAACAGUAAGAAAGCGAUUCAAGGUGUUUCUCGAGUCCAGCCUUCCUGUCAUUGAGUACUAUAAGGCCAAGGGGAAAGUCCGAGAGAUUGAUGCUGCAAAGCCCGUUGGGGAGGUGUUUGAGGCAGUUAAAGUCAUCUUCACCCCAGAAGCUGAAAAGGUUGCUGCCUAGGCAGACUUUGCAACUCUACCAGUGAUAAAUUAGCAUAUUCAUUUGAGGUUAUAUAUGUCACAGUCUGCCGCACAUUACUGUAUUCUUAUAAUUUGGAAUGUUUUUGUAUCAGAUAGUAUUUGGUUUUAUAACUACUGAGAAGAGAUGAUGAAGUUCAUUUAUAUUCUUCUUGUGUUUGUGAACAAUAAAUCUGAAAGUCUGUAGUUGUUUA